AGCUGCGUUGCCCCUCUGCUCACGCGGCGAGGAAGGAAGGGCAUUCAGCAAGAGCUUUGAUUCAGCUCCGUGCAACAAACAGCUUCUGCCAAACCUCUUACGGGGUUACUUGCCUGGCCUGCGCAAAUCUGGACGACCACCAGACGUAGUUGGGAUUUGCUGCAUCCCUCUGCUGCCAUCUAGGGAUCAUCCGGACUUUUGCAGCUCAAAUAAGACAAUUCUACUAUAUUGGGACCACGUGUGUGAUUUUGCAAUAAUUAACUGGGAGACGGUGGGUUCUAGUCCUGCCUUAGGCGCAAAGCCAGCUGGGUGACUGUGGCCAGUCACACUCUCUCAGCCCUUGGAAGGAGGCAAUAGCAAACCAUUUUGGAAAUCUUGCCAAGAAAACUGCAGUGACUUGCCCAGGCAGCCAGUUGGGGCAGCAUGUAACCAGAAGUGGUUGAUGGUCCAAAAACUAAGCAGGAUAGAGCCUGGGUAGGACUACUUGGAUGGGAGAGCACCAGGAAUCAUAAGGGCAUCUACCGAGUAAACAUGGAAGACAAACAAAAAUGCCUGGAAGUUGGAAGCAGCAAACCAUUUAUGUAUUGCUGCCAAGAAAACUACUUGGAUGUUCAUCAGGAGUUCAGCUCAGCUUGGAGGAGCCUUUGUCUAAUAUGAGAAAGUGACCUGUCCCUAUGAUGCUAAUCACCAAAUGCCUAAAUCUUCCCUGGAAAAACAUAUGAUAUCCUGUAGAUUGAGGAAACUAGAAUAUUCUAAAGAGGAAGAGGCUGAAAUGUAUGAUUCUACUUUUUUCUAUGAAAAAGGCAAAAUUCCUAAAGUUCAAAUGGAUAAGGAUUUGCAAUUUGACAUUAUUAAAAAAGCCAUGGCUAAAGAGUGUGGAAAUUAUUGCCCAGGAGCUUAUUCAUCUCAGCCUGUGGAAGUUCCACAAAACCACAAGCGUUACAUCUGUGAUCUGACCCAAGCUGACCGCCUUGCAAUUUAUGAUUACGUCCUUGCAGAGACAAAGAACCAGAGGUCAAGAUCUCAACUGACAGAAAAUGACAGUGACCUGUUUGUAGAUUUGGCAGCAAAAGUCAACCAAGAUGAUGGCCAGAAAGGUCCAAAAUCUCAUCUUGAAAUUCUUGCAGAGAUGCGGGAUUAUAAAAGACGGCGGCAAUCAUACAGAGCUAAGAAUGUUCACAUAACAAAGAAAUCCUACACAGAGGUAAUCAGAGAUGUGAUUGGGGUACACAUGGAAGAACUUGCCACUCAUUGGCAGGAAGAGAACCGAAAUACUGAAGUUCAUGAAGAUGAAAAAUCCUCUUUUUCAGCAAAGUCUUCAGGAAGUAAGGAAGAGCGAAGGUCUGCGUCAGCUGAUUCCAGACAAUCUUGUGGAAGUUCAAAGGAUAUUGAUUAUUCUCGACAUAGAAGGAAUUCCAGCAGAAGUCCAGGCAGACGAAAAAGAAGUCGAGAAAGAGAAAGAGAGAGAGAUUCCCGAAGGAAAAGAGAGAGAGAUGAAGGAAAGCAUCAUAAAAGAAGAAAAUAAUACUUGUAUCUCCAUUACAAGAUACGUGGAGCCAAAACUGAGUUGUAUCUAUUUCAUUCCAGUAGCAUAAUCACGGUGUGUAAUAUCACACUGACAGCUAAGAUGUACUGUCUUAGCCACUUUAAUAAACAUCAUUUGAAAUCUCUGUCACACUCAUAAACUGGAUAGUUUGUGUAAUUAUUCAUAAGGCUAGCUACUCCCCCUUAGGUCAAUUAAGUUGUUGGUUCUGAUAUUAAACUAUUAUGUUAGUAUGUUUUUAGUAACAUUCAUCCAGAAUCUCUCUUUCUGUAGCUUGGUUAUUAUUCAGUAUAUACACUGCAGUUAGGGACAGCAUAGAAGACGCCUUGACUGCCUUCUGCAGAAUAGCAUUUCAAUUACUUGUACAGUAUUAUCACAUCCAGCUUAGCCUCUUCCUACCAAGGCUAAACAUACUGAUUUUAUUUAUUUGAUAGAUUUAUAGCCUGCCAUUCCUAGGAGCACAUGGUAGCUUACAUCCCUUCAUUUUAUCCCUAUAUUUACCCUGGGAGACAGGUUGUGCUGACAGACCAGAAUUACCCAGGUAGUUUCCAUAGCUGAGGGUGCACUUGAACCUGGGCCUUUCCAAUCUUAAUAUAACUUCUUCAUCACUGCACCACAUUGGUUUUUCUGAUACAGCUACCUGAUUAUCCUUGUUGCUCUUAUUGGACUCAUUCCAAUUUAAAGAUUCAGACAAAAUGUGCCCAGAAUACAGUGUUUAAAGAAUUAGUUACUAUUUAAAUGAUCAUGAAAUAAUAAAGCAAAUUUUUCCUCUUAUUUCAGUGUAACCAUUCCCAAAUACAAGUUUUAAUAAACUGAAUUAUUUUGAUAGUGCCAAUAAACAGAAAAUGUUCA